GGCACAUUCCCAUCGCGGCAGUCGGGCAGCAAUCAAGGUCUAAUCCCAUUCGAAGCCCACUAAGACAAAUGGCGAACGUUAAUUUGCAAUUGCCGCUCAUCGCAGCCGCCACCACCAUAUUGGCAAUUGUCAGUGCUGCCACCACAACCCCUGGCACAUCCUCGGAGACGGGCAAGCAUCCACCAUCAUAUGCCCCCAGUCAUCACAGUAUGAGCUCUUUGUUCGACAACCGAUGGCUGCCCGUGGAUCAGGCGUUGCAGCAGCAGCAUCUUCAUCCGAAUCAUCGUUACGGCUUCUCCAGGAUUUCAGCGGGAGGUGGAGGAGAGGCUGGCGAAAGGAGGGCUUACAGUAGCACCUCCCCGCAUGUCGUAAACGGACUCACAAGUCUCUCCGGGCUGGGGCACAUUAGCAAUGGAUACGGUUCGGUGGCGCCCACCCAUACGGAGGCGCUGGCCCUGGGCUCCCAGAAACAGGAGAUACCGAUUUACGAGGAGCAUAAUGAAGAAGCGGCAGUGGCAGCCGUUGCUGCAGCUGGAGCACACGAUUUCGGCUCUGGAAUUGGUCAGGAUAAUGGCCACCAGUCAUCGCCGAUUUACAAUUAUCCCGGCAUGGGGGCAGGACACAAUGGCGGCUUCUACGGAGGCAGUGCGGGGGCGGAACAGAGCUACGGAUCAUGGUCAUCAUCGGGAGCGGACGAGAGUCAGCACCAGCAGCCGGAGCAACAGGACCCUCAUCCGUAUGCGUACGAUAAAAUUUCAAUGGGAAAUUUCCUGCCACAAUACGAACAGGGCUCUGGUUACGACGACCAGCAGGGACAAUUGUUCCACCAUCACCACCAGCAGCAGCAACAGCAACAGGAGCAGUUCUACCAGCAGCAGCAACACCAUUUCCAGCAACACCAACAGCAGCAGGAACAAGUGCCUCACUCAUCUUUCUUCAGUCCACAUGAAACCUCCGCCUCCGGGUCGGCAUCGGCUUCCUCUGCCUCGAGCGGAUCAGGCGGCGACGACUACGAAGAGCAUCCUGACGCCGGCCAGGAGCAGAGCUCCAACUACUUGUCCGAGGCAAGUGGUCACGGCCAGGGCCACACCCACCACUCUCACCACGUGGACAUCAUCAACUAUGUGCCGGUGAAGCAUGUGAAGAAGCAGCACGUGCCGGUGGAGAAGCCCGUCAAGAUACCCAUCUCCCAUGCGGUGAUCAUUCCCGUCAAGAAGCCAGUUCCCAUCCACAUACCGAUCACAAAGAACGUGCAGGUGGCCGUGGAGAAGGAGCUGAAAGUGCCGGUGGAGAAACUGGUGCCGGUGCCCGUGGAGAAGCACAUCCCGGUGCCGGUGGAGAAACAUGUGCCGUACCACGUGGUCAAAUAUGUGCCCAUCAAGGUGCCCAAGCCCUUCCCCGUCAAGGUGCCCGUUUUCAAAACAGUUCUGCACAAGGUCAAGAGCUGGUGGUAGGACACCUAGUACCCACAAUCCACUACCAACUAAGUGUAUUCCAACUUAACCCUAACGUAACCCAUUUUUGAAUCCUCAUUUGCAUCACCAUUGCAGUGCACCGAGUAUUUCGUUAUAAUUAUAAGCACAUUACGCAUACGCCCCGUCAAACCAAAGCGCACAUCGUUAUGCAGUUUUCACAUUCCGUAUUCCAUUUUAAAA